AUGCCAGAGUGGACACAACCACCAAUGCCACUUGCACCAGCCUUCCUCCCCCCUGUCGUUGUCCCGUCUCGAAGCUCGACCGUCACCCCCCGCAGCCUUCUAUCCCACCGCAAGUCGUCCCACUUUGCUCGAAAGCGUCUCCGCGCCAAACCACGUACAGUUGCCGUGGCAGAUGUGGGCAAUGUCGCAGCCUCCAAAACGGCCUCUUCCGCCAAUUUAGAUUCACUAGUCGCGCAGCGCGACCAACGUCGCUUCAUCUUCUUCGGAGGCAAAGGCGGCGUAGGCAAGACCUCGAGCGCCGCCGCCGUUGCGGUGGAGUGCGCAGACGCCGGCCUGACUACCCUCGUCAUCUCAACUGACCCAGCGCAUUCGCUUGGCGAUGCAUUGCGUUUCGACUUGUCCGAUGGAAAGAUGCAUCGCGUCGACCCGGAGAUGGGGCUCUACGCGAUCGAGUCGGACACACGCGAGGCCGUGGAGCAGUUCCGCGAACUCGUUACCUCCGUGGCUGAUAAACUCGGGUUGCAGGAGUUUAGCGAAGUCCUGGAAACUAUUCCCCCCGGGGCCGAUGAGCUUAUUGCGUUGGUGAGUGUGUUGGACUUGGUGGAACAGGAGAAUUCGGACAUCAAGUUUGACCGCGUCGUGAUCGACACGGCGCCGACGGGGCACACGCUGAGGUUCCUCGCGUUCCCGGACUUUUUGGACAAGUUCUUGACGCAAGCUCUUGCGCUGAGGGGGAGGCUGAAUAGUGCAAAGGGGCUGAUUGGGAACAGAGUGGCUGUAUACAGAGAUAAGAUGAUCGAGCUGAGUGAUCUGUUUCGAGAUCCGGAACGCACCGAAUUUGUAGUUGUUUCGAUUGCGACGGAGCUGGCGGUGGCGGAGAGCAAGCGCUUGAUCGAAAAACUAUGGGACGAAGGUAUUUGGGUGCGUCACGUGGUCGUCAACCAGAUUUUGCCCGAAGGAAACAAAGUUAGUGUUGACAAAUAUCUGAGCCAGGUGCGGAAAGGUCAGGCACGAGAAAUAUCGUUUGCCACAGAGCAAAUUGCAGACGAGUAUGGUCUCGCAGUUACUAUUGUACCGCGUUUUGAUACUGAAGUGCGAGGCAUUUAUGGCCUUGAGGCGAUGGGGAAUAUAGCAUUCAAGGAGAACCGAAGGAAAUCAUACGGUAGACUGUUUGACGAAGAUGCUCGUGUAUCAGAGGGUGCAGAGUCUCAGUUUGUUUUUGUGGGAGGGAAAGGUGGUGUGGGCAAAACGAGCAUCAGCGCGGCGUUGGGAACAAAGCUGGCGGUAGAGGGCUUCAAAACGCUUGUGCUUUCUACGGACCCAGCGCAUUCUCUUGCGGAUGCCCUGCAAGUGGAGUUGAAGGGAGGGGCGCCAGUGGAGAUCGAAAUGCCGGAAGGGGAGUUGUUCGCGAUGGAGAUAGACACGGAAGCGGCUAUUGCGUCGUUCCAAGCGCUGGCGAAGGAUUUUUUUGCGAGUCUUCUGGAUAACACGCCACCAGGCAUCGACGAACUUGUGGCGCUCACUCAAGUAAUGGAGCUGGUGAAGUUUGGGGACUUUGACCGGGUAGUAGUUGACACGGCGCCUACGGGGCACACUUUGCGUCUGCUGAGCUUCCCCGACUUUCUAGACAAGUUCCUGGGCAAGGUGAUGCGUCUGAAAAAGCGGCUGGACUCAGCGAUGGACACGCUGCGCAACGUGCUCGGGCGCAAAGACUCGGCGGACGCGGUGGACCGUGCAGCGCAAGGGGUGGAGAAACUGCGAGAGAACAUGGUGGAGCUGCGCGAGCUGGUGAAAGACGAGGAGCGGACGCAGUUUGCGAUCGUGACGGUGCCGACUGGGCUGGCGAUGGCCGAGUCGGAGCGGCUGGUGCGGUCGCUACGGAAGGACGGGAUUCUGGUGAAGAACGUGGUGGUGAACCAGGUGAUUGCCGACGCGGCGGCGGAAAAGUUUGUGCAGAGGAUCCUGCAAGGGCAGGAGAGGUGCGUGGAGGAGUUGAGGAGGGCCGGCGAGGACAAGGGGAUCGGACUGACCAAGGUGCCGUUUUUUGACGCGGAGGUUCGCGGCGUUCACGGGCUGCGGGCGAUGAGCGGGAGCAUGUUUUCGAGGACGUAGGGGAAUAGGAAUGGCGGUGCGGACACUUGGUGGUGCAGACACGGAUGGUGCAAGCAUUGGUGGUGGCGAGAUUGGUGUUGGAGAGGAUUUUCUUCCCCUAGCCAGCUAGUCACCGUCUAGAAGAACGAACCCUCUACGUAGUACGUACUGUGCUCUGCGUUUACACAGUAUACACGGCAGCAGUUGGUGUGUAUGAGCGUCUGUCGUGGUCAUCUGUCGUUGUUCAUCUGUCGUGGUCAUCAGAAUAUGAUCAAGUCAAUACUGUAGACUUGACAACACAUGAAGAUGUACUGUAGUACAGAACGUAUGGCCAAGGUCCAGGAUAAAUGUAAGCCGGGUGCAUUACAGGUAAGAAAGAAGCAGCCGUGCUUCUCGCCUUUGGUGAGUGCUUGCCAACAAUGACGGUGUGACAAGCAACGAGUAUCGAGUAACAAGGGCUGUGCUGCCAAUCGGCAUUCAGAGCCGGGUGUCGAGUCUUAAUCAUUACAUUCGAAUGACCGUUUUUUUUGGAUAAUUUCCUUCCGAAGCACCCAUGACCAGCGAUGCUACUUUCACUCUCAGAAAGAGGCUCAGACACCGAACCACCCCCGACCAGCGAUGAUGAAAGAGGUGCGGAUAUGCAACGGUGUAUUUCCCCGCCACUCUUUCCCCUAACUAUGGCACUCCUGAAAUGAGUGCAUUAAAACGGUCCCCUUCCACGUCCUCCUACACACACCCACCCCUCUCCUGCACCCUUCACCAAAACUCCCUUUCACUCCCCCGUCCACCUUCUUUUCACCAUCACCAUGGGUCUCUUCGGCAAAAAGGCACCCCCCCCGCCGCCCCCGGUUCACCAAGCCCCGCCGCCUCCCUCCAUGCAAGAGGUUAUCUUCAAAAUGCGCUUCACCUCGAAGACUGUCGGCCGCCAAGCCGCCAAGUCUCAAAAGCAGACCGCCCUGGAAGAAAAGAAAGCAAAGGAUGCAUUGGCCAAGAACAACAUGCCCGGCGCACGCAUCCAUGCCGAGAACGCCAUCCGCAUCCAAAGCGAGGCCCUCUCCUACCUUAAGCUCCAGUCCCAGCUCGAGGCCGUCGCCGGAAAGCUCCAGGCACAGCAAGUCCGCGCCCAGGUCUCCGACUCCAUGGUCGCUGUCACUGCAAACCUCGACCAGGCACUCGCCACCAUGGACGUCAGUCAGAUUAGCUACACCAUGGAGAAGUUCAUCAAGCAGAGCGAGGACUUGGACCUCAGCACAAAAGUUAUGGAUUCUGCCAUUGGCGAGAGUACCAGCAGUUCCACCCCGCAAAACCAGGUCAACAACUUGCUGCAGAAGAUCGCUGAUGAGAACAACCUCGACGUCGGCGAUAGGAUUUCGGGCCACGCCGCCCCGGUUGGCCAGCCCGCUCAUGUUGCCAAUAACGACGCCGUCGGUGCCCCCGAUGAUCUCGUAGCACGACUCGCCGCCCUGCAAGGCGGCGCUCCCCCUCCGCGUUAUUAGGGCUUUUGCGUGCAUCUGCUUGUUUUCCUUCCUGACCCGCUUUCUGCAUAUGCGAGGCUGCCUGUCUUUUUCUCUUCAACCGCUUGAUUCAGCCGCCCCCGCCGUCGGCUGACGACGAAGCCCUCGCCCGCGCUACUCUGGAUGCGUUUGUUCCCGACCUUCAACUGCACUGCAGCGAGAAACCUUCUCAAGUAAACCGUUCCUUUCUUCUU